AUGGCCUCUGAUACAGAGAUGAAUGAAGCUUCACCGGUACCCACCUUGCCGCAACCCAACGACGGUGGCCGCAUGCAUAUGUCCUCUCUCUCCUCAUCUUCAUCUAUAUCCGACGCCGAGACUGAACGUCGGGGUCGUUCCGAGCGUCCGCGUAUGGCGAGCCGCAAACCUUCCGCAUCAAUACUCGUCCCCCGAGACCACCCCGAAAUCGAAAUUGAAGAAGAGGAGUUUCCCCCGGACGACGCCCGCGCCAUGAGUCCGCGUCGUAAUUCUGCCGAUCUGGAGCGAUUGGGCAAAGAGGCCCGCCAGACGCUACAAGAGCAAGCCAAGGCUCUCCAGUCCUCUCUCCAGGCCCUCGCCGAGCGCAUUGACGCGGUCAAGUCGGAUCACGACAAGUUAGAAAACGAGAACAAGAUCCUCCAGGACUAUAUCGGUGGCCUUACUCGCAACAUGACCAAAAGCGAAAUGACUCGCAGUACAAAGGCUCGGAAAGCACAGAAAUAA